GUUGUGAAGGGAGAGUGCCCCGCCCUCCUGGUCCUUAUAACCAGAAAGCCUGUUUGCAGGACGCUCAAACAUAACAGGAACACUGGAGACCACAUCGCUGUACAUGAACCAUUCCUGGAGGCGAACUCUGGCUACAAAGACCUUACGGAUUACACUGGCUGUUUCGCCUUUUCGCGGCAAGCAAACGACCAGAAGUGACCAUGGAUUUUCUCAAUCACAACUAUUUGGAUGCGCGCAGCCCAUAUGACUAUACUUUCAAUUUCUGGAACGACUAUCUCGGCCUGACGACGUUGGUUACGAAGAAUAACAAGCUGAGCAUGCCCCCGAAUCCCAACUCCAUCACCGAGUCCCUGAAAGCGACCCUGGGCUUGGACGAUUCCCCAGCGUGUCCGUGCGUAAUCGCGGGCGGCGUCGGGGAGAACGGGCACCUGGACUGCUGCUGCCCGUCCGGGAGCCCCCCGCCGGCUUCCAUCCUGGACUUGAAAGAGCGCUUCUCGAUACUGAGCCCUUUCCAAAACCAGCUCGGCGUGCAGCUGCCGGAGCGGGAGGUGGGCUUCGGGGGCAGCUUCCCGGGGUUCGAUCUGUUCGGCAUGGAGAGGAAGAUGCGCAAACCCGCCUCCAGGAGCAAACAGGAGCCCAAAAUCUGCGUGUUCUGCCGAAAUAACGGAGCGCCCGAGGAGGUGUACGGCUCCCACGUCCUGAAGACUCCGGACGGCAGGGUUGUGUGCCCGAUCCUGAGGGCUUACACUUGCCCCCUUUGCAGUGCCAACGGGGACAAUGCCCACACGAUAAAAUACUGUCCACUGUCAAAAGACCAGCCAUCGCAGCGACCAUUAAAGGGGGGGAGGGCUGUGGGUGGUAAGAGGAUGAAAAUAUUUUAAACAGACAAGACUAUAAAGUUAAUUGAAUUGCACUGAACAAUUUCCAGAUGACUGUUUUGAUUUUGGCUCUAGCCUUUACCCCAGUUUCAUAAACAUAUUGAUUUAUCUUUCUUUCCUCUCUGUCUCUAAGAUCUCUUAUAUUUUUAUAGUUCCUUUAUCCACAUAGAAUAAUUUUAUGCUUUAUACAUUUUAUUUUUCUUUCUAGUUUGUAGUCAUUUGAGCGUGUGCAUAUAAAUACACCUAUGUAUCAUUAAUCGCAGAGUGUGAACACGUUUUAAGAUGAAAAAAAAAAGUAUUUUGGGCAUGUAGGGAAACACACUGACAUUGGCAAAAGGGGAUGAAUGUCUAUUUCUACCAAGUAUUUUUGUACGGCGGGCUAAAGCUCGCCACCAUUUUAUUUCACGUCUUAGAAAACCAAAGUUAUGUUUGCCAUUAAAGAAGCUCAAGAAUGUGUCAUGAAUGAAUACUUGUGUGCGUCUGACUGGAGGAGGAACUCUUUGAUCCCAUCUGCCUGCCUAAAAAACUCCACAACAUAUUUUCCAACUUGCCCUAAAAAGUUGACAUUCAAUCUACCAGGAAGAAAGAAAGAGAGAAAGAAAGGAGGAAAAAAAGACAAUGUGGCCUCUGUUUAGGGCUCAUAUUCUCUGGGGAACAUUAUAAUCAAUUGUUGUCAAGCCAAACCUCUGUUCCAGUCCUAUGUGACGAGACAGACAUCUGACCUUAGGGGCAGUCAAGAAUGAGAGAUGCUAUCCUACAUUUUUUUUUAUGUUUACAUUCUCAAAUAAGGGUGACACACUGGAUUUAUUUUCUCUGUCAGGUCUCUCCUUCUUGAUGGUGUUUUUUUUUUCUUUAUUAUUAUUAUUAUUAUGAUUAUUCUCUUUUGGUUUGGUUUGCCCUGACAGUGUAUUCACCAGGAGGUCUCAUGUGCAGGUCUAUACAGUGGAGCGAGUCCCAUUUAACCUUCCACCCCGUGCGAGGGUGGCAAAUAGCAAAAUGAAUGUUCAGCAAAUGACAACAGGUCAUCCCGUAACUUCUCUUCUGAAGAAUCCCAAAAAAAAAAAAAAAAAAAAGAUGCAAAAAUGUUGUGAAUGUAUGAUUGAAAGUGUCACUUGCAGGACUGCACAUGUCUGACAGUUUUGUUUACCAAAGGAAUACAAUUGCAUUGAAGAAAGGAGAAAAGAAUUUGCUGUAUUGUAUAUAAAGUGAUGUUUAUUCAGUAUUUUAACAUUACAAGUGACUUCAGAGGGCGCUACCUCAACAGGAUUUUGUACUUACAUGUAAAAUGUCAACAGCAGUUUAUUGAUAUAGUGCUGCCAUUUAUAAUAAGGGUUUUUGAUAGUAUUUUUGAUCUUUGUAUAACAUAAUUGUAUUUUCAUUUUGUUGCAUUUAACAUAAUGGAAGUAAGUUUCCGAGAAGCUAUAAGCAUUUGCUCACCAAAAGGUGAUUGUCUGUAAAUAGUGAUUAUUAUACCCAUACUUUUAAAAGUUUUAGUUGUUCGAUGUUCUGGAGAGCGUGCGAGAGAGUGGAUAUUGAAAAAGGCUGACAAAAUUUGCCACUUUUAACAGAGGAUUUGUUUUUUUUUUGUUUUUUUUUUUGGAUUAAAUGAAUAAGAGAAGAGAGAGAGAGAGAGAGAGAGAAAAAGGAAACACUGUUGAACUUUGUUAUUUAUAUUUUACCACGAUUUCCUGUAUGCUGCUGUGCAGAAUAACAACAUAUGAAUUCACUAGAGAAAUAAAAACGUAUCAAAUA